AUGUCUAAGGAAAUUGUAAUUCCAUCAUGGAUUACAAGUGAAAAAUUCGUAAAGCUUCUUUCGAAAACAAUAACGGAUUUCAAGGGAAUUAAAAAUUUCAAAGUAUGUCCAGCAUUGGCACCUGGUGAAAAUUAUGCCACCGUUAUGCUCAAAGUCCAUAUUGAUUGUCUUUUAACAACGGGAACUGUGGAGAAGUUCACAUUGAUGCUGAAAGUUCCACACGACAACGAUUUGUACCGCAAUGAAAUGAUUAAAUGGCAUAUGUUCCCAACGGAGGCGGAAAUGUAUCGACGUAUAGUACCGGGAUUUGAAGAACUUUAUCGUUCCAAAGGGAUGAAUAUUCGAUUUGGUGCUACGGCAUAUGAGUUGCCUACAGUCACAGAGGAAUAUAUUCUCUUAGAAGAUCUCGGCCGUAGAGGUUUUCGAAAUGUAAAACGUCAAGAUUGUCUCGAUAUGAAUCACUGUAAAGGAGUUCUAAGGAAACUGGCUCAAUUCCAUGCUGCCUCAGCAGUUUGGGUUGAAAAGAAGGGCAAAUUUUCUGAUCGCCAUUCUAGGGGAAUUGUUCAUGAAGAAGGUAAAGUCCUAUUGGGUAGUAUGUUUACCAGUGGUCUACAACAUUUACUUAAGACCACAAAGAAUAUGAAGAGCUGUGAUAAGUUUUAUCCUGAACUUGAGAAAUAUGCCGAUAAAUUUAUGGAAGAAGUAUUUAAACAAACCAUUAGAGAUGAUAAUACCUUUAAUGUUCUCAAUCAUGGUGAUUGUUGGUCCAACAAUAUAAUGUUUCAAUAUGACGUCAAGGGUGAACUGAAAGAAACCUAUUUUGUGGAUUUACAGUUGCCCAGUUAUGGUACCCCAGCUCAGGAUCUAUUAUAUUUUAUAUUAUCCUCAGCUAAAUUGGAUUUGAAAAUUCAACAUUUCGAUGAAAUGAUUCAUUAUUAUCACAAACAUUUAAUAGAGAAUUUAACAUUUCUGGGUUAUACGAAGUCGUUGCCAUAUUUACGGGAUAUACAUCAAAUGAUUUUGAAGGGGAGUAUUUGGGCCAUGAUCACCGUACUUAUUACCAUGGCAGCUGUCUUGUGUGAUACCAGCGAUUCUGCCACAGUGGAUAAUUUUGUCAGCGAUUCCGCGGACAGUCAACAAUUUAAAGAGUUGCUUUUUAGCAAUGAACGUUUUAAGGCCCAUUGGGAAGUAGUCCUACCCUGGCUAUACUAUAGAGGUGCUCUAGAGAUUUAA